UUUUAGCCGUUAUCCCAGUGGAAUGUGAGUGGCUGAUUUGAUCAUUCAUCUGACAGGGUGAACUGGAGCGGAAUUUCGCCUUCUGUAGAAUACCAUCGAAUGUGAGGUUAUCAUUCGUCUCUCGAGAUGAUCAGACCCACCCUGCGCGCUGUUCAGUCAUGGCGGGUCAGGAAUGUGCGCUCCAUGUUUUACAAGGCAUUGUAAGACCGUGUUAAAACUAACCAAUUGGGAAAAUAAUGAUGUGGGUUUGAUCGAGGUUUACCAAGCAAUGUGAUGGGCAACAACUCAAGUAAACACAAGAAACGGGUGCCAAGCCAGGAGAGACGACGCAAUCAAGGCUGGCAUGGCCUUCUCUCCAAUAUUGGAAUAUCCUUUACUGGUGGACUUCGCCACCUUGGCCCAGCUGUUCUGGCCACACAGGGCAUGGUGCUCGGCAGCGGAGCCCCGAUCCCUGAGGACCUCCUCCCCCCAGGACACAGCCCUCAGAAGCCUGGCAUGGAGUCGACUCUCCCUGGCUUCAUCUCUGUCUUUCUGCCUGAGUUCCCACACCGUACAUUUACUGGGCAAGACGAUUUCCAGAUCCUGGGCUUCAUAGCCAAAGGCUCCUUUGGUCCUAUCUUGAAAGUAAAGGAUAGGUCGAAGGAGAAGACUUAUGCCGUUAAGGUUUUACCCAAGUCUGAGAUACUGAAGCAUGGGGUCCUGGAACAGUCAAAGGAGGAGGUCAUCAUUCAGCGGCAGCUCAGCCACCCAUUCCUCCACAAUCUGCAGGACUGCUGGCAGACCCAGCGCCACCUCUUCAUUAUGUGUGAGUACUGCAGUACUGGAGACCUGUACACCUACUGGAUACUGAAGGGCCAGUUUGGGGAUGAUGAGGCUCGGGUGUUCGCUGCAGAGCUAGGCUGUGCUUUGGGUUUCCUUCACGACUUUGGGAUCAUGCAUAGGGAUGUGAAGAUGGAGAAUGUCCUUCUGUCUGACCAAGGUCAUCUGCGUUUAGCUGACUUUGGACUUUCUCGCCGUCUUGAGCGGGGCGCAAGAGCAUUUACAAUUUGUGGGACAAUCCAAUACAUGGCUCCUGAAGUCCUGAGUGGGGGUCCCUACAGCCAUGCUGCUGAUUGGUGGUCUCUCGGCAUUCUGUUGUUCUCAAUGGUGACUGGAAAGUUCCCUGUACCUCCAGAGCCAGACCACUGCAACAUGCUGAGAAAGGUCAGAGACUGCCCAUACUCCAUACCCAAGACCUUCAGGCCUGCGCUAGCCCUUCUGCUCACAGAGCUCCUAUGCAAGAACCCAGCCCAUCGCCUGCAUAACCUGGAGCGCUUCAAAAGGCAGGUGUUUUUCCAUGGCACUUCCUUUGACUCUCAGCUACUACAGAAGAGACCUGUUGAAUUAAUUCUUGAACUGAAGAACCAUCCUGAUCGUCCAGUCAAAGCAAUGCGGGGCCUGUCUAUGGACUACUUCCAGAACUUUGACUGUGACAUCCUCCACUCCCCUACCAGCCCCACUGACCUGUCACCUACCUUGGCCAACAUUGACCUGAGCCAGGCUCUGGCUACAGCUCAGGGUUGUAGUGAAUGAGAUAUGCCUGUUCUACUUUGCCUCAAUACUGCCUGCAAAUUAAUGGAAACAUUUGAUAUAUACUUUGUACCGCAUGUAUACUUGGUUGUGAAAAAGCUACUGUACAGCGCGUUUGGAAAGUAUUCAGACCCCUUCACUUUUUCCAUAUUUUGUUACGUUACAGCCUUGUUCUAAAAUGUAUUAAAUUGUUUUCUUCCCUCUUAAUCUACACACAAUACCCCAUAUAGACAAAGCAAAAACAGGCUUAGAAAAUUUAGCAAAUGUAUAAAAAUAUAAAAACUGAAAUAUCACAUUUACAUAAAUAUUCAGACCCUUUACUCAGUACUUAGUUGAAGCACCUUUGGCAGUGAUUACAGCCUCAAGUCUUCUUGGGUUUGACGCUACAAGCUUGGCGCACCUGUAUUCAGGGAGUUUCUCCCAUUAUUUUCUGCAGAUUCUCUCAAGCGUUGUCAGGUUGGAUGGGGAGCGUCGCUGUACAGCUAUUUUCAGGUCUCUCCAGAGAUGUUCGAUCUGGCUCGGGCUCUGGCUGGGCCACUCAUGGAUAUUCAGAGACUUAUCCCGACGCUGCUCUUGCAUUGUCUUGGCUGUGUGCUUAGGGUUGUUGUCCUGUUGAAAGGUGAACCUUCGCCCCAGUCUGAGGUCCUGUGUAUCUCUGUACUUUGCUCAGUUCAUCUUUCCCUCCUGACUAGUCUCCCAGUCCCUGCCGCUGAUAAACAUCCCCACAGUAUGAUGCUGCCACCACCAUGCUUCACUGUAGGGAUGGUGCCAGGUUUCCUCCAGAUGGGACGCUUGGCAUUCAGGUCAAAAAGUUCAAUCUUGGUUUCAUCAGACCAGAGAAUCUUGCUUCUCAUGGUUUGAGUGCUUUAGGUGUCUUUUGGCAAACUUUUACAGAGGAGUGGCUUCCGUCUGCCCACUCUACCAUCAACGCCUAAUUGGUUGACUGCUGCAGAGAUGGUUGUUCUUCUGGAAUGUUCUCCCAUCUCCACAGAGGAACUCUGGAGCUCUGUUGGAGUGUUCGGGUUCUUGGUCUCCUCCCUGACCAAGGCCCUUUUCCCGCAAUUGCUCAGUUUGUCCAGGAAGCCAGCUCUCGGAAGAGUCUUGGUGGUUCCAAACUUCUUCCAUUUAUGAAUGGAGGCCACAGUGUUCUUGGGGACCUUCAAUGCUGAAUUUUUGAAUUUUUUGCCACGCUACCCCAGAUCUGUGCCUUGACACAAUCCUGUCUCAGAGCUCUACGGACAAUUCAUUUGACCUCAUGGCUUGGUUUUUGCUGUGACAUGCACUGUUAACUAUGGGACCAUAUAUCGACAGGUGUGUGCUUUUCCAAAUCAUGUCCAAUCAAUUGAAUUUACCACAGGUGGACUGCAAACAAGUUGUAGAAACAUCUAAAGAAUGAUCAAUGGAAACAGGAUACACCUGAGCUCAAUUUCGAGUCUCAUAGCAAAAGGUCUGAAUACUUUUUUUAUAUACAUUUGCAAACAUUUAUAAAAACCUGUUUUUGCUUUGUCGUUAUGGGGUAUUGUGUGUAGAUUAAGAAAAAUGUAU